UUUACAUUGUAAAGAAAAUUAAAAUAUUAUUUAAUGCUUAGUAAAUAUAAAUGGAAAUAUUCUAAAAAUUUGCCCUUUUGUUGCACUAUUUUGUUAAUUACUACAUAGGAGCGUUCGUAUUGUAUUAUAUUCACUUUUGUGAGUUUUGAAAUGAACAUUUUCAUUCUUCACCUUUUGUCUAAGGAAUCGUGCUAAACAAUAGGAGUAUUUCUUAAAUAAUUUAGGGUUUAGUAUUCGUAAAUCAUGAUGAAUGAUUCACCAUUAGAAUUUUCGAAAAAUAAAAGUAGUCGCUCGGCUGACGAUAAAGAUGAAUCUAGUCAAAGUCCAACAGAUAGAAGAUCUCGUACGAGUAGCCGGAACAGGGAGAGAAAAGACAAUUCAGACAAAUCUGCUGAUUCUGAUUCGAAUAUAUCCUCACAGGAUGUAGUACCGUUACAACAAAACGGCCCUGGUAUCGGCCCUCCUAAUAUGUGGAGUGGAUUAAUGGGCAUGGGAUACCCCAUGGUAGGCAUGAACAUGCUAAUGGACCCAAACCUAAUGCAAAUGGGCAAUUACGGAAUGAUCCCUCCCAUGCUAGCUCCCGACCCAUCCAUACUACCCGCAGACUCCACUAUGAUCAUGAAUCCCGUUAAAGAAAUAAUCCAUUGUAAAUCCUGCACUCUAUUCCCGCCGAACCCCAACGCUCCGUUGCCUUCCAUAAGAGAGAGACCCCCAGGCUGCCGGACCGUCUUCGUCGGAGGCCUGCCGGAGAAUAUGACUGAAAAAAUAAUCACAGAAAUAUUCGAACGAUGCGGCGAAAUAACCACCUUGCGAUUGAGCAAAAAGAAUUUCUGCCAUCUGCGAUUCGUGUACGAAGCGUCCGUGGACGCCGCGAUAUUCCUAUCCGGUUACAGAGUAAGAAUAGGAUCGAACAGCGAACCGGCUAAUACGGGAAGAUUGCACGUCGAUUAUGCUCAGGCGAGGGACGAUCAGUACGAAUGGGAAUGCAGACAAAGGCAGCUCCAAAGGGAGCAGAGGCACCGCGAGAGAAUGGAAGAGGAGAGAUUAAGGCCCCCUUCGCCUCCGCCUGUAGUGCAUUAUACAGACCACGAGGCUGUUGCGGUGGCCGAGAAAAUUAAACAAGAUGAAACGUUUACUAAGGCUGUUCAAACGGUGAUAACGUGGUUAGAGAGAGGCGACUGCAAUAAAAGAAAUGCGAAUAAUUUCUAUUCGAUGAUACAAUCUACCAAUUCUCAUAUACGCAGGUUGUUGAAUGAGAAAGGCCAGUACGAAGAGGAGUUGCGGAAGGCUAAGGAAAUAUUGAGAGGAAGAAUGCAGGGCAUAUUGUUGCAAUUCGGUCAAAUUGAGCGAUUGUUCUCAUCGGCGUGUCACAAGAAAGUAUGGGACCAUUUCACCAAGGCUCAGAGAAAGAACAUAGAGACUUGGAAAAGGCAAUCAUUGGACAUAAAAAACAUCCAACUCGACGAGGCGCCCAAAGAGCGCGACGAUGAUGAAAUGGACGUGUCUGACGAUGAAGAACCGUCGAAGAAGAAACAGAGGAGCGAUCCGGCGCCCGAAUGCCAAUUGCUCAGAGACGAAAACGACGUUUUGAAAUGCCAAAUCGAAGCGUACAAAAACGAGGUCGAGGUGCUCAAAACGGACUACAAGAAUGAACUGGAGGAGAAAGAGAAGCAAUUCAAGGUGCUCCAGCAGACUCUGCAAGGCAUGCAACAGCAGCUGUUGGAGACGAAAAGAAGGCAAAGCGAGGAAGAGGCCAGAGUGAAGGAUCUGCAGAUGAAACUGAAAGCGGAGAAAGGGAGACAGCUUAGCGAUAAAGAUAAAGACGUGGUCAUAAUCGACAGCAGCGAUAACGAGCAAUGCGAUUCGGUGAGCGUGGGAGAGAGUCCGGAAUGUGUUCAAAGUUUCAUAGAAAGCGACGCUAAGCUAAUCGGAAUCAUAUCCACGUUUUUGAACGUGCAUCCUUUUGGUGCUGGUUUGGACUAUAUUUGGUCGUACGUUAGUAAAAUCGAAGCGAAUUUAAGACCGUCUGAAAUAGAGUCUUUGAUGAGCAGAUUUCCUACUGUGUUCAAGCAAGAGCUAGUCGGUAUUGGCGCUAAUAUCGAAAGGAGAUGGAUAUUUACUGCUUUUAAUUCAGUAAUUAAUGAGAAUUGAUCGAAUAUGUUAAUUGUAGCUCGCUAUGCACAAUCUGGUAGUUCAUUGUUACGUUGAAAU